AUGCUGCGCUCUACGAUUGCUCCGGGUCGGCAGCUGCUGUCGGCCCCUGCUCGUCAACGGAUCCCGUCGCAAUGGCUGUCCAAGGCCGGUGCGAGCAGCCGGCUUUCGAACCAGCGUUUCUUCGCUGAUUCGAAGCCUCCUACAACCGGUGGCCCAACCCCCGCCACCCCUUCAUCUGAAUCCACCGUUCCUCCCGAGACCAUCCCGAAACCCACCGAGCAAGAAUUCAAGGCCGUUCCUGAAACUCCUGCGCCUGUACCCCGCAAAACCGGACGAUUCCGUCGAUUCCUGCUCUACCUGAUCCUGACCUCCGGCAUUGCCUAUGGCGGCAGCAUCUUCAUGGCCCUCAAGUCCGACAACUUCCACGACUUCUUCACUGAGUACAUUCCUUACGGAGAGGAGUGUGUGCUUUAUUUCGAGGAGCGUGACUUCUACCGUCGAUUCCCCAAUGCCUCCCGGCAACAAAACCGCAUUCAGGGUGCUCCCCGUGAGGAUGGCAAGUCCGUUACAAUCCCUAGCAAGAGUGGCCUGUCUUGGAACGUGGCCAAGGAGGAGGAGGAGGCUGGAAGCGAUGUUUCCAAGGCCGGCCCACACAUGAGCUCUCAGGCUCACGAAGCUCACGUCAAGACCGACAAGGCUAAGCCCGAGGAGCGGAAUGCGGCCGUUAUCAAGGCUAAGGAGAAGGCCUCGAAGACCACAAAGGACACUAAGAAGGAGGACCAGAGGCCUGCCUCACUCGAUGAGCCCCGCCAGCCUGCCGUUGCUGCUAGCACCAUUGAGCUUCUGAAGACUCAGGAUGGCGACGACGGUCUUGUGCAGGAGUUGGUCAAAACCUUCAACGACAUUGUCACUGUAAUUAGCGCCGAUGAGAACUCCAGCAAGUACUCUGCGCCCGUCGCCAAGGCCAAGGAGGAGCUGCUUAAGAUUGGCGAGAAGAUCAGCGCCAUCCGCACCGAAGCCGCUCAGGCCGCCCAGGAGGAGAUCAACAAGGCUCACAACACCUUCGACGAGUCCGCCCGGGAGCUGAUCCGCCGGUUCGAGCAGAUGCGCGAGACUGAGGUUGCUCAGUUCCGUGAGGAGUUCGAGGCUGAGCGCGAGAAGCUGGCUGGUGCCUACCAGGAGAAGAUCAAGACCGAGCUUCAGCGUGCGCAGGAACUUGCCGAGCAGCGCCUUCAGAACGAGCUUGUUGAGCAGGCCAUCGAACUGAACCGUAAAUAUGUUCACGAGGUUCAGGGUCUGGUUGAGCGCGAGCGUGAGGGCCGUCUCAGCAAACUGAACGAGUUGGCUGCUAGCAUUACCGAGCUGGAGAACCUGACUACCGGUUGGAGCAACGUCAUUGACACCAACCUGAAGACUCAGCAGCUUCAGGUCGCCGUUGACGCUGUCCGUUCUACUCUUGAGCGCGCUGAGACCCCCCGCCCCUUCGUCCGUGAACUGGUUGCUGUUAAGGAACUGGCCGCUGAUGACCCCGUCGUUGAUGCCGCCAUCGCUUCUAUCAACCCCACCGCCUACCAGCGUGGUAUCCCCUCCACAUCUAUGAUCAUUGAGCGUUUCCGUCGUGUCGCGAGCGAGGUCCGCAAGGCCAGUCUUCUGCCUGAGGAUGCUGGUAUUGCCAGCCACGCUGCCAGCAUGGUUCUGAGCAAGGUCAUGUUCAAGAAGGAGGGACUUCCCGAGGGUGAUGAUGUUGAGAGCAUUCUCAUUCGCACCGAGCACCUCCUCGAAGAGGGCAACGUUGAUGCUGCUGCCCGUGAGAUGAACGGUCUCCAGGGCUGGGCCAAAAUUCUGAGCAAGGAUUGGCUGGGUGAUGUGCGUAGGGUUCUUGAGGUCAAGCAGGCUCUCGAGGUCAUUGAGACUGAGGCCCGGCUCCAGUGCUUGCGCGUGGAGUAA